GAGUGACGUUGAAUAUCCCAUGUGGUAAAUUCUGAGAGUUUAGCACGAAUUUGCUGCAAUAUUAUUUGCAGUUGAGGGAUUAAUACAGCCUCAUCCUGUACAGUCUGCAAGAAAACUAUCAGCUUAUGUUUUCGGUUUCCAUAAAACAGAAUCAAAGAUGUCACGUUUCUUUCGUGCGGGUUCCGAAUCGGAAUCCGAGAGUGAGUCGAGUGGGGAGGAGUUGCAGCCGCAGCGCCCUGCUGCUUCCAGGGCUGUGUUUCAGAUGAGUGAUGAUGAAGAGGACACAAAGAGAGUUGUUCGCAGUGAGAAGGACAAGAGGUUUGAGGAGAUCAACAAUGUCAUCAAACAGCUGAAGAACCACAAGAAAAUCAAGGACAUGUCAAAUGUCCUCACAGACUUCGAGGGCCUGGGCAAGGCGUACGAGAAGGCCAGGAAGGUGGUGGACAAGGAGGGAAUCCCACGAUUCUAUAUCCGCUGCCUGGUGGAGCUGGAGGACUUUGUGAAUGAGUGCUGGGAAGACAAGGACUGGAGGAAACAGAUCAGCAAGAGCAACGCCCGGGGGCUGACCACACUCCGACAGAAGCUGAAGAAGUACCUGCGUGACUUCACAGACGAGGUGACCAAGUAUCGGGAAAACCCAGAUGCCGGGGAUGACGAAGAAGUUGCCGCCCCACCAAAGGAAAUAGAAUCUGAUGAAGAUGAGGACGAGGAUGAUGAGGAGAUAUCCAGCAUCCCUCGGCGACCAGUCAAGAAGAUGCUUGAUGACGAUGACAUGGACAGUGACGACAGUGAUUCCUGGGACAGUUCAACGACUGAGUCGGAGUCUGACUCUGGGGACGAGAAACUGGACACCAUGAAACUCACAGCAGAGUACUUCUUGAAAAAGACAACGGAAGACGAGCGCCAGAAGCGAGAAGAGAGGAAACGAGAGAGAAAGAAGGAGAAAGAGGCAAAGAAAAAGACAAAAGAUGAAGAAGAUGGAGAAUGGCAGGAAGUUGUAGGAGGAGUGCCGCUCAUGACAGAGAAGCCCAAAAUGUUCCGAAAGGAUGAGGAAAUUACCCACGAGGCCGUGCUGAAGAAGCAGACCGAGAUCUUGUCAGCUCGUGGCAAGAAGAGCACCGACCGCUCGGAGCAGAUCGAGUUGUUCAAGGAGCUGCUGACGGUGUCUGAUUCGGCCAAUCUCGGACCUGGCAUCGCUCUCAAGAUCAUGUUCAAUAUUGUGUCAGCCAUCUUUGACUACAACCCUAACAUUGCCACCUGCAUGAGGGCUGAGGUGUGGGAAAGCUGCCUGGAAAACCUGCAGAUCCUGCUGAACAUGCUAAAGGAGAACGAUGAGAUCGUCAUCGGCGAGAACAUCCCAGACGACACACAGAUAUUUGAUAAAGCUCCGUACCGCAUCCGAGGCUGUAUCCUCACCAUGGUGGAACGGAUGGAUGAAGAGUUCACUAAGAUGCUGCAGGCCUGUGAUGCCCACAGUACAGAGUAUGUCGACAGGUUGAAGGAUGAGUCACGUGUGGCCGACCUCACCAAGCAGCUGGAGAAGUACCUCGAGUCUCGCGCCACCACUGACGAGAUGUGUCGGGUGUACCUGCGUCGUAUCGAACAGACCUACUACAAAUUUGAUUACAAAGCCAUGGAGGGUGUGAAGCCAGAUCCGGACGAGGAGACCCCCGAGCAGAUGAUGGACCGACUGUGCAAGUACAUCUACGCCAAGGACAGCACCGACAGACUGCGCACCCGCUCCAUGCUGUGCCACAUCUACCACCACGCCCUGCAUGACCGCUGGUACCAGGCUCGGGACCUCAUGCUCAUGUCUCACCUACAGGACACCAUCCAUCACUCCGAUGUCCACACACAGAUCCUGUACAAUCGCACCCUUGUGCAGCUUGGUCUGUGUGGGUUCCGGCGAGGAUUCAUCCGAGAUGCUCACAAUGCACUGGUUGACAUACAGAGCAGUAACAGAGCCAAGGAGCUGCUCGCACAGGGAUUGCUUCCUCAACGCCAACAUGAACGCAGUGCGGAGCAGGAGAAGAUCGAGAAGCGACGUCUGUUGCCUUAUCACAAACACAUCAACCUUGAGCUGCUGGAGUGUGUGUACCUAGUGUCGGCCAUGCUGCUGGAGAUCCCAUACAUGGCAGCACAUGAGCUUGAUGUCCGUCGUCGUAUGAUCAGCAAGAACUUCCACCACGUGAUGAAGAUGAGCGAGAGGCAGAACCUGACUGGACCGCCAGAGAGCAUGAGGGAACACGUGGUUGCAGCAUCCAAGUCCAUGAAGACCGGGGACUGGAAGGCCUGCAAGAACUUCAUCAUCAAUGAGAAGAUGAAUGCCAAGGUGUGGGAUCUGUUCUACAACAAGGAUCAGGUGCGGGACAUGAUCACCAACAAGAUCCAGGAGGAGAGUCUCAGGACGUACUUGUUCACCUACAGCAGCGUGUACGAUUCCCUCUCCAUGGACACACUGUCGGAGAUGUUCGAGCUGAACAAGCCGGUCGUGCACUCCAUCAUCAGUAAGAUGAUCAUCAACGAGGAACUCAUGGCCUCCCUGGACGAGCCGACACAGACGGUGGUGAUGCACCGCACGGAGCCUAGCCGUCUGCAGUCCCUGGCGCUGCAGCUGUCGGAGAAGGUGGCAACGCUGGUGGAGAACAACGAGCGUAUUAUGGAGAUGAAGCAAGGCAACUUCUACUUCCAGAAGUCCAAUAAUCAAGGCUACCAGCAGAACCAGAACUGGAACCGGCGUGACGGGGAUCAUCAUAAACAAGGUGGUUGGAACCGGCGUGACGGGGAUCAUCAUAAACAAGGUGGUUGGAACCGGCGUGACGGGGAUCAUCAUAAACAAGGUGGUUGGAACCGGCGUGACGGGGAUCAUCAUAAACAAGGUGGUUGGAAUCGAAGAGACGGGGAUCAGAAACAAGGUGGUUGGAAUCGGCGUGAUGGGGAUCACAAACAAGGAGGUGGUGGUUGGAACCGCCAGGAUCGAGAUCGUGGACAGAAUAAUUGGAACCGUAGGGGCCGUCAACAGAGAGCCUACUAAGACAGAACUCUGGUGGAGGACUUGAUGUGGUCAUCCCAUGGGGUGUGCUGCUGUCUGCACAAUGUUCCUUGUGUUGCAAUCUUGGGGCAAGAACAGUUGCACAGACUUGGUCUCUUCAACAUCUUGCCUCAGUUGUCCAACUGACUAUUUAUAAAGACACUGACAUGGGGAAACAAUCAUGGUUGUUGGUAUGUCAGUAACCAGUCCGCCUGGAUUUAGGGUUAACAGUUAUAUUCAAGUCCUUUGAUGUUUCCUGAUUGUCAUCGGAUGGAGGAAGAUUUUUAUGAUCUUAAGAUUGAGAACAAUAUCUACCUAUGAUUUUUAUGUUUAUGAAGACAAUUGUAAAAUCAAAUUCCACAUGUGUUUCUCCUCUGUCAGCUUUUUAUGACAUGUUGCUAUUGUUAGAUGUAUCAUGUAAUCACAGUUUGUACAUUGUGUACAAUGAUUCAGUUAUCUCAUCCUGUCUGUUUUGGAUGUGCAAAAAUCAAGUUAAAGGCAAGUAAGGUGUAAUAUGAAACAUACUAAUAAACUAUUGUAAAGCUA